AGGGGAUCCUUAUGCAGCAACACGUGAAAUGAACAAAGCUCCACAACCCUCAGGAGGAACCCCAUCAGCCCCACACCCCUCCCCUUCUCCUGGACUUCCACAGCAGUCAGCAUUUCCUCCUGGCCAGGCGGCACCUGUGGUUUUUAACCCAGCGCAAGCUACCCAAAUGAAUACGCCUUCCCAGCCUCGACCGCAUUUCUACCAGAGCAGGGCCCAGCCACCGACCAGUGCUUCCCGGGUGCAGAGUAACACGUCGGCUCGGCCUGGCCCACCCACUCAUGUUUAUCCAGCUGCUUCCCAGGUCAUGAUGAUCCCUUCACAGAUCUCCUAUCCUGCUUCGCAAGGUGCCUACUACAUCCCUGGACAGGGUCGCAACACAUAUGUUGUGCCGACGCAGCAGUAUCCUGUCCAGCCUGGUGCCCCCAGCUUUUACCCUGGAGCCAGCACCACAGAAUUUGGCCCUUUCGCUGGUGCAUAUUAUCCUGCGCAGAACGUGCAACAAUUCCCAACUUCUCAAGUCAUGAUGAACCCACAGCCACCGAUCCCGCCAAAGCGAGAGCGCAAGACAAUCCGAAUACGUGAUCCAAAUCAGGGUGGCAAAGAUAUCACAGAGGAAAUAAUGUCUGGAGCUAGGACUUCUUCUACCCCAACUCCUCCACAGGCCGGAAGCGGUUCAGAGCCACAGGCCAACGGGGAGACACCCCAUGUAGCAGUUAUUGUCCGCCAAGAUGACCGCUCCAAGGCCAGCCCAGUAGUAAGUAAACCGGUGUCCUUGGAGCCUAGUAAAUCCGCUUCCCCAUCUCCCCCUCCGCCCCUGACCGAGGUGGAGCCUGUGCAGCCGGCCGCUGUGACGCUGGUGCGCCCAGAGAGCCCUGUUGCUGUGGACACUAGAGAGGAGCUGCCGGAGGUCCCUGAAGACAUCCUUGAGCCCAUUAGCGCCACCACUACAGUGCCUGGGGGCCUUGUGCCCCCUCCGGAGUCCUUUGUUUUGGACACAGAGCCUCGGGAAGAGGUAGCUGCUAGCCCUGUUUUGGAGGUACCUUCCCAGCCACCCCCAGAAAAGCUGGUGGACGAAGAGGUGGCGGCAGCAGCAGCAGCAGCAGCGGAAGAAGAAGAAGAAGAGACGGUGGUUACCCAACAGGAGGUUUUUCAACCCGAGGAGCCUCCCGUAACGCUGCCGUGUGCGCCUCCCGUUCCUUCUCCUUCCCCGGAGGAGGUGGCCGAAGAGGCCAUCGAGUCAAAUGGAGUCUUAGAAGAGGAGCUGCUAGAGGCGGUACCCGAGGUGCCCCCUCCGUCCGAGCCGGAAUCGGCCAUGGAAUCCCCCAUGGAAUCCCCCAUGGAAUCCCCCAUUGCUCAACCGGAAGAGGUGGAGGAGGCCGUGCCUUCUGGGCUUGGGACCCCGGAGAAGCAAGAGGCCGAAGAGCCGGAGGAACUGCCCGAAUCGGAUAUUAGCCCCAUCUCGGAACCCGAAGAGGUGAAGCCCGAGGAGGUGAUUGUCCCGGUGACUGCCGCGCCUGUUGUAGAAGAAGAGGCGGAGGCGGAGGUGGAGGCAGAGGCAGAGGUAGAGGAGGAAGUGGAGGAGGUGGCCGAGGUCCCGGAGCAGAGUGCCCAACCGGUGGCUGCCCAACCCUUGGAGACCACGGAAGUGACGACGCAAGUAGCCGUAUCGGUGCCAAAGAGGAAGCGAAGGUUGAAGGAUCUGAACAAGAAGGAGGCCGUUGGAGAUCUGUUGGACGCGUUCAAAGAGGCCAGCGAGGGGGGCUCUGAGACAGAGAACAACCCCCCAGCGCCAGCCCCGGAGCCCGAGGAACCUGUCCCAGCUCGCUCCCAGGAGGAACCGGAGGAGACUUGGGAACAGAAGGAGGAUAAGCUGGACCCUGAGAAGGUCAAGCAAGCAGAUCAGAAGUAUCGCUACAAGGAAGAGCAAUGGAAGCCAUUGAAUCCGGAAGAAAAGAAGAGAUACGAUCGGGAAUUCCUGCUGGGGUUUCAGUAUAUGUUCGCUAGCAUGCAAAAGCCAGAAGGCUUGCCCCAUAUCAGUGACGUGGUCUUGGAAAAGGUGAACAAGGUGCCCCUGCGGCCCCUGGACCCCGUACGCUUGAGCACGAUGAACUGCGGACCGGAUUUCACACCCUCUUUUGCCAACCUGGGCCGCCCGACCCCACCCAACCGUGGACCGCCUGCUGGGCCAGGACAACGGCGUUCCCAGCAAAGCCUGCGGAAGGAGCCCCGGAAGAUCAUUACCACGGUGUCUCUGAACGAAGACGUCAAGCUGAACAAGGCCGAGAAGGCUUGGAAGCCCACCAGCAAACGGGCCAGUGAAGUCGAAGAUCCUGAGAACGUAAAAACUCAGGACCUGUUCCGACGGGUGCGCAGCAUUCUGAACAAGCUGACCCCACAGAUGUUCCAGCAGUUGAUGAAGCAGGUCACCGAGUUGUCCAUUGACACAGAAGAACGUCUCAAGGGUGUCAUUGACCUCAUCUUUGAGAAGGCUAUUUCUGAGCCAAACUUCUCUGUUGCCUAUGCCAACAUGUGCCGUUGCCUUAUGGGGCUGAAAGUCCCCACUACCGAUAAACCUACCGUCAUGGUGAACUUUCGCAAGGUACUCUUGAACCGCUGCCAGAAAGAGUUUGAGAAAGACAAGGAUGACGAUGAGAUUUUUGAGAAGAAGCAGAAGGAGAUGGAUGAAGCGGCUACUCCUGAAGAGAAGACGCGUCUAAAAGAGGAGCUGGAUGACGCUCGGGACAAAGCUCGCCGCCGCUCUCUCGGCAACAUUAAGUUCAUUGGGGAGCUCUUCAAGCUGAAGAUGUUGACCGAAGCCAUCAUGCACGACUGUGUGGUGAAGCUGCUGAAGAACCACGACGAGGAGUCCCUCGAGUGUCUGUGUCGAUUGCUCACGACCAUCGGCAAAGACCUGGACUUUGAAAAGGCCAAGCCUCGAAUGGAUCAGUACUUCAACCAGAUGGACAAAAUAAUUAAGGAGAAGAAGACGUCCUCGCGUAUCCGGUUCAUGCUGCAGGAUGUGAUUGACCUCAGGCGGAACAGCUGGGUGCCAAGGAGAGGGGAUCAGGGUCCGAAGACCAUUGACCAGAUUCACAAGGAAGCCGAGAUGGAGGAACACCGGGAGCACAUUAAAGUGCAACAGCUGAUGUCCAAGCAAGACAAGAGGAGAGGGCCUCCAGGCCCAUCGUCCACAGGGGGACGAGGAAACCUAGUAUCAGAUGAUGGUUGGAAUACCGUUCCCAUCACCAAGGGCAACCGACCCCUUGACCCCAGCAGGUUAACCAAGAUCACUAAGCCUAGUUCUAUUGACACUAACAGUCAGCUCUUUGCACCUGGCGGGCGGCUGAGCUGGGGCAAAGGCAGCAGCGGCGGUUCGGGUGCCAAACCUGCUGAACCGGCUGCUGACACCAACCGUCCGGCCACGAGUACUUUGAAUCGUUUUUCAGCCUUACAACAGUCGGCUCCUGCAGAGAGCCAAGAUGUUCGGCGCGUGGUGCAAAGAGGUAGCAGCAGCCGCGACCGCUCCGAAAAAGGCAACGAGCGGAGCGAGCGCUUGGAGCGGGCCGAGCGAGGCGACCGCGUGGAGCGAAGCGAGAGGGUAGAGCGGGUGGAGAGGAACCGAACCCCGGUCACCAAGCGCAGCUUCAGCAAAGAAAUGGAGGACCGGAGCCGGGAGCGCGAACGGGAGCGGCAAGGGGUCCUGGAAACGGUGCGCAAAGUGGCUAGCAUGACAGAGGAACGGGACCGAAGCAGAGAACCUGCCAAGCGUGAGCCAGUGGCUCCCGAACCGCCCCCCAAACCUGCCUUAUCCGAGGAAGAGCUGGAGAAGAAGGCCAAGGCCAUCACUGAGGAAUACCUACACAUCAAUGAUAUGAAGGAAGCUCUGCAGUGUGUACAGGAACUGGGUUGUCCAACUCAGCUCUACAUCUUUGUCCGGAAUGGCAUCGAGUCCACGUUAGAGCGAAGCACCAUCGCUCGCGAGCACAUGGGGCUGCUGCUCUACCACUUGGUCAAGGCAGACCACCUCCCCAAGGAGCAGUACUACAAAGGACUGCAUGAGAUCCUGGAGAUCGGGGAAGACAUGGAGAUCGAUAUACCCCAUAUAUGGCUGUACUUGGCAGAGAUUAUCACUCCCAUUUUGAGAGAAGGCGGGAUUUCCAUGGAGGAGCUCUUCAGGGAGAUCGCCAAGCCCCUAGUCCCUAUUGGCAAGGCCACGACUCUAUUGGUGGAGAUCCUGGGCCUGCUUUGCAAAGGCAUGAGCCACAAGAAGGCAGGAACAUUAUGGAGAGAAGGUGGACUGAGUUGGAAAGAGUUCCUGCCGGAGAACCAGGAUAUCAAUAAGUUCAUCACAGAGCAGGUAAGGAGGAAGUGCUGGGUAGUAAGUUCGGAUGCUCCUAGUCGGAAGGAGCUCACCUCUGAAGAACUCUGCAGACAAAUAGAAAAGCUAUUAAAAGAAAAUGCCAAUAACCAAAGAAUAUAUGAUUGGAUUGAGGUAAACCUGAGUGAACAGCAGGUCUCCUCCAGUAUGUUUAUCAGGGCCCUGAUGAUGUCAGUGUGCCAUUCCGCCGUCAUCUUCGAGAAUCCUUACCGGAUGGACAAUCUUGUGAUUAAGAGCCGAGCUAAGCUGCUGCAGAAAUACUUGAGCGAUGAAGAUAAGGAGCUGCAGGCCCUUUAUGCUUUACAAGCCCUAGUGGUGAAGCUGGACCAGCCAGCAAAUCUCCUCCGAAUGUUUUUCGAUGCCCUGUACGACGAGGACGUGAUAAAAGAGGACGCCUUCUACAAGUGGGAGUCGUGCAAGGACCCAGCCGAGCAGCAAGGAAAGGGUGUCGCCCUCAAGUCGGUCACAGCCUUUUACACUUGGUUGCGCGAAGCUGAGGACGAAUCCGACAACAACUGAGCCCCACAAGACGGGCAGAGGGCGGGGUGGGGGGCAGACCGAGCCUGCCCUGCUGCCCUGGCCCCUCCUCGGAGCCUGGACUCCCUCGGGCGCUGGCACGGGGAUGGAGACACGCAGGACUGACCUCUGCCAUCUUUUCUCCUGCCCGCCCUCAUAAGACUGCUUUUUCUUUCUUUCCCCCUUUUUUUUUCCCCCCUUUUUUUUUUUCCGGUUGGGAUUUUUUUUUUCUCUCCAUUUUUGUUUUUCGUUUUCGUUUUAACAGCCUGUAUUGGUUUGUGUCUUGACGAUAAUAAAUUGAUGCUCAAGGA